AUGACGGAUGCUGCGGCGCGGGAUGCAUACACCGCCUAUGGCGUGGAUUUGAUCCGUACAGCGGGGCUUCUUCUGCGAACGACACCCUCCACAAUUUACCGCGCCUCGAUUCUCUUUCAGCGCUUCGAGGCGUCCGUCGAGACGCACUUCCGCUCUCAGUACAUCAGCGCACUCGACAUGCCCGCUUAUCGAAAUGGUCUCAACGAGGAUCUGAAGCGCGCCCAACUCGAGUUGCUGGCUGCCUCAUCGCCGAACGGCAGUCCAUCUAUGACGGAGAAGACAUGUGAUGCUGCGAGCAAGCCUGCGUACCCUGCCGGCGUCGAGUAUCUCGUGCCGAACCACGUGCAGCUCAAGAUGCGUACCGGUCUCGUUCCUUUGGUCGACCUGCACGCCCCACUCGACUACUGCAUUCAUCACCUGUCGGACCAUGAAGACAUCAUGUAUCUCGUGGCGGCAUGCCUGCUUAUUGCUACCAAAAUGGAGGACCCGUCAACGCGCAUUCGCGCCGUGGUGAACAUCUGCAUGCGACUGAGCCUACGCCGCAGCGGAACACCUGUGAAUGAGCAGUCCAAGCCCUCUCCUCCCCGUUAUGAAGAUUUCAAGGCUUGCGUGGUAGAGGCAGAGGAGGUUGUCCUGCACCAGCUUGGCUUUCAGACGUUUGUCGAGAGCCCCUACAAGUACGUGCUACUGUACUUGAAUAUCUUGGUAGAGCCUGCCCGUGACGACGCGCAGAGCGCCAUCGGCGCCGUUAGGGGUGACCCUAGUGCUGGCGCGAACGGCACGACUCGUCCAAGCGUCACCGCCGCAGCAAAAGCCGCACGACCGCCUGCGGCUCUCACGCAGUGGAUGAUACGUGCGGUGCAGGUCGUGAACGACCUCCCGCGAUGCCGCCGGCUCCUCGCUGUUCCUGCCGACGCGCUCGCCAUCUACGCCAUACAGCAAUCGUGUCCGCCCGACCUCACUCUACCCAACAAGUGGUCCACGGCGUUUGGGGUGAGCGAGCGUCUUCUCAAGGCCAUCUCGUAUCGAUACGGGGUAUACAGCAGCAACAGUGCUGGAAAUCGUCCUGCGACAGCCGCGUUGGCAGACGCGCGAGCACUUAGCACGGUUCCGCUGUACCGCACCGUUGCUGAGCGGGAUCAGUAUAACCUUGCCAUGGAGCAACUCAAGGUGGCUCGAGAAACUGCCGCAGAGGCGAGCGCCAAGACCUCGCUUAGUGUAUCGCCCGCUCCGCCACCGCCGUCGUCCUCCGGCGCCGCAGGGCCACUGCCGUCAUCCUUUGCCAACCCGGCGAGCAUCGAAGAACUGCGCGAUCUGAUUGGUGCCUCCCUCCCUUCCGACGCCGUCCAUGACUCGUCGAGACGCCGUUCGCGUCACGACGACGACGAGAACAUUCUUGUGCGGAAGUCGAAGCACGAAAAGCGCCACCACAGGCAUCAUACCGACGACGGAGAGCUGCGGCGGCGUCGCCAUCACCGCAAGUGA